GAAGACGAAUUAAACACAAUUAACCCUCCUGAAAACCGGCAAUCGCAAAUAGGACCUCCCAUAAUCCCAAAUUACCCGGGAAUCAAAAUUUAGGAACAUCCCGGCCCCGUGAGAAUUGUGAGUCCAAACACGUCGAGACGAGAUGGACGUCGAAGGCAAGAGGCUCGCCGAGAUUGUCAAAGGGACGCACAAAAGGCUCAGGAAGCGGUGCAGACAGGGUGAAGAUGAAGAUGAAGUUUGGAAGGAUCACAUCCAGCAUGAAGAUGUGUUACGUACUUAUGCAAGCGCAAUGCAUAGGCUUGCCACCAACCACUGGGAAUCUACACAACAGGUCAAUACUUCACGUGUUACAUGGGUUAACAAUGCUGUAAUACAGUAUUAUCAAAAAGGAGAAAUGACUCGUGUAACUCAAAAAGAACUCCGUAAAUUGACACACCUGGGAUUAGAAAUGGAAUGUGAUACUUCAGAUGGUUGUCUUCAGAAAGAGUAUAAUAAAUUGCAGCUGUUGGAUGUUGGCAGCUGCUAUAACCCCUUCUCUGUAUAUGAACAUUAUGAAGUAACUGCAAUUGACUUGUAUCCAGCCCAGCCAUCCGUUAAACAAUGUGAUUUUCUUGAUGUGGAAAUAGCCGAGGAGGCAACACCAGUAAAAGAUAAGGGAAAGAAGAAUUCAAAGGAAAAUAGUGAGAGUGAGUCUUCAUUGGAGGCUGUAGAAACAACAGCUUCGGAGAUUGCUAAAAAUGACGUUGAUGAGGUGAUAAACUUUGUAGAAAAGGAACAGAAAAGCACCCCAAACAGUAAGUCAAAUGAGAAAAUAGACACAGACUUGGACACAGCUGAAAAUGUAACAAGUAUUAGUAAGGGUGAAAGUGAUGCAGAUGUGAAAGAAAAAGAGUGUGAGGAAAUGAACAAGAAAAGUGAUCAAAGUAACAGUAUUAGGUUUUUAAGGAAAGGGUUUUUUGACGUUGUGGUGUUUUGCCUCCUACUUGAGUACAUACCAUCACCCAAACAAAGAUUUCUCUGUUGCGAAAAAGCUUAUAAUCUCCUCAAGCCUAACGGUCUUCUGUGCAUUAUAACUCCUGAUAGUAAACACCAGAAUGCAAAUGUACACCUUUAUAAAUUAUGGAAAAUUACCCUAGGUUUUCUUGGCUUUUCUAGGGUAAAAUAUGAAAAGCUAACACACUUCCAUGGUAUGGUUUUCCGCAAAGGCUUGUGCAAAAAAGCAUGGGAGCUAGAUGCUGAUAGAGAGUUAUCUAAUAUUAGAAAUACAAAUGUGAAAAGUAGGUUUGAAACCAUCAGUUAUGACAAGAUUAAAUUUGAGAUGUAUAUACCUCAAGAUUUUCAAGAGUUAUCUGACAGUGAUGAGGAGGUGCCUGAAAAGUGUCCAAAAUUAUCGUAGUGAUCAUAUAAGGUGAAUAAAAAAAAGGAAUUACAUUUUAAGUUUUUAUUCCAUACUCUAGUCCUGUGUAUUACUAUUUGUAAUAGUUUUGUAUUUUGUUAUAUAUAUUUUUUAAAUAAAUAUAUGUAUUUUAAUAGACUUA